AUGGCGCCUGGUGCAUUGUUUGACGAAAUUUCGCAAAAUGCAUUAGCUGGAGUAUACAGCGAUACCACUGUCCCGGCAAUCAAUAUCACCAAGCAAGGUUCAUGGGAUGCAAUUCUGCAUCGAAAUGCUAGGACCACGCCGCUUACCUUGAGAAGCGCUUCUGGCAAUUGGCUGGAGGUCUCUGACGGCAACAAGUCUUGGGCCGUCUUCGAUGGUUCUGGUGGAGCCUCUGUGACUUGCAUUGGCCACAAGGACUACAGAGUAAUGAAGGCAGAGUGGGACCAUUUUGACAGCACAGGGCUCACAUACGCUCCAUCUGGGUCUUUUCGAACGGAAAUCUCAGAAGAAUUUGCAGCCCUUCUUAUUCGAACCACCAACAAUAUGAUGGCGAAGGUCGUCUUUUAUGGCUCUGGUUCUGAAGCCAACGAGGCUGCAAAGAAAGCCGCCAUUCAGUAUCAUACCCGGGAGAAAUUGAAACCAGAACUGGGAAGGACCAUGUUUAUUGCUCGCGAGCGUUCUUAUCAUGGCGCAACCCUAGGUGCUCUAGGCUCAAGUGGCCAUAAGUCCCGGCGAGAGAUAUUUGAACCGAAUCUACCGAAGGACACCACAUUCAUAUCGGCUUGCAACCCAUACCGCGAUAUGAGACAGGGCAUGACGAACGAAGAGUAUGUUCAGGAACUCGCUCAAGAGCUUGAGGACCGAAUCUUAGAAAUCGGUGCCGACAAGGUUGCCGGCUUUAUUGCUGAGCCAGUAGUUGGUGCAGCACUCGGAUGCGCCCCUGCCGUACCAGGUUACUUGAUAGCCAUGAAGAGCGUAUGUGUCAAAUAUGGCGUGCUUCUUAUCCUCGACGAAGUCAUGUGCGGGUUGGGUCGUACAGGUUACCACCACGCCUGGCAAGAAGAAAACGUGGUUCCUGACAUUCAAAUGGUGGGCAAAGGUCUCGCAGGUGGUUAUGCAAUGAUCUCUGCUGUUCUCUUCGGCCACGAUAUUGUCAAUGCCUUCCGCUACGGGCCAGGGAACGGUGCGUUCGCUCAUGGUCAUACAUUUCAAAACUUUCCGAGAGCAUGUGCCGCUGGACUCAAGGUUCAACAAAUCAUCGAGGAUGGUAAUCUUAUCGGGAAUGUCCGAAAAAUGGGUGCGCUCUUGCGCAAUAAGCUGGAGCAAGGACUGAAGUAUCAUCCUUUCGUGGGCGAUAUUCGAGGCCAAGGUCUCUUUCUGGGGAUCGAAUUUGUGAUGGACAAGGAAACCAAGGAGCCAUUCAAUUCCUUGCUCAACAUUGCCUGGAGACUGCAUGAGACUGGUUUGACCGAAGACUAUGGUAUAUAUGUCUAUCCUGGCUCUGGUACCGUUGAUGGUGUGAAAGGUGAUCACAUCAUUAUAUCGCCUGCUUACCAUGUCACAAGUAAGGAAGUUGACACCAUUGCAACCCGUGUGGUCAAACUGAUCGAAGGUUUCUUCGACAAAUACGACCAGCCAUCACCACGAUUAUAG